GCAGUGCAGCCCCGACAGUCAACCCGACAACAAGAACCACAUUGGAGACUCUCCGUUGCAUUCUCAAGACACAAGUGCAGGAACCAGUAGAAGGAAUCAUCGAAGCAGCAUCAGCAACAGCAACAAUUAAAAUGGCAUUCCGUGGAAAGAACGCAGUGGUUACGGGUGGUGCAGGCGGCAUAGGGCUCCAGGUGUCGAGGCAACUGUUGGCGGCAGGUGCAUCGAAGCUUGCCAUUAUAGAUCUGCAGGACAAUUUGGAGGAGUUUGUCAAGCUGCGCGCGGCUCAUCCCACGCAGAGUGUGAUGACCGUUAAAAUGGAUGUGGCUAACAAGAAAGGUAUAGAGGCCACUUACGAGGAAAUCAUCAGGACCUUUGGUAGCAUCGACAUUGUGGUGAACAUUGCAGGUAUUUUCAAUGACAAGGAAGUCCAGCGGACGUUGUUAGUGAAUCUAGGAGGCAUCAUCAACUCUAGCUUGAGUGCAUUGCAAUGCAUGAGCAAGGAGAAUGGAGGCAAUGGUGGCAUUGUGGUCAACAUGAGCUCUGUAGUAGGUCUCGACCCCAUGUUCAUAAUACCCGUUUAUGGGGCCACUAAGGCGGGAAUCAUUAAUUUUACUCGUUGCUUGGGAAACGAUAGCUUCUAUAAACGCUCGGGAAUUCGGUUUGUUACGGUCUGCCCAGGCGCUACCAUGACGGAUAUGUUUACCAACUUCACCGAAAAGAUUAUUUUUCCGGAAACAAGCGAUGAGACUUACAAGAUUCUAGAUCGCUUGAACAAGCAGAGCGCCGCCGAUGUCUCCCGUUGCAUUUUAAAUGUGCUUGAGAAGGAGAAGAAUGGCGCCGUCUAUGUUAUCGAGGGAAAACGCGUCUUUCCCAUAGAAAUGAAGACGUACUGGACGGGCAAGGAACAGGCCUAGAUCAUGACUAUUGCCUGCAAGUGGGGAAGGGGGUUGCAACAUACUAUUAUCAACAAAUUAGAAAUGAAUUAUCAAAUGUAGUCUUUAAUUAAUUAAACAAAUAAAACGAACAAAAUACUCUG